AUGGUUAUCAUCAAGACCGCACCUGUAAAACUCCUUGACGAUGAACGGGAGAUACUGAGCAUAAAUUUGAAGAGGUCAGAGAUUAAGUUCGUAGCAAAAGGAGCCCUUGAAGCAUUGAAUACCUUCCACGAAGCAGGCUAUGUGCAUACAGAUGUCAAACCGGACAACAUCUUCGUCAAAUAUGGCCACGGGACAAAUCGGUUCAGCAAAUUGGAGCUGAGUGACUGUGCAGACGCAUAUUGUGUUGACCCAAAUGCGGACCCGCUCGAAGUUGGUCACGUCAUUGGUGCAGCGAUUUUUCGCAGUCCUGAAGCAAACCUCCAACUCCGUACCCUUAUAAUCCCCAGUUGCUACCUCAAGCAAAAUAGAUUGUUGAAGCCUUUCGCGAUGGCUGAAGGCCCGGAACUUACGGUGGAGGAUAGAAGCUUCAGCUGCAAGAUUAUGAGAAUGAAUUCAAGGGAUAGGCCCACAGCAAAGGAACUGUUGGAGGAUCUGUGGUUUUACUGAGCUCUCAGCCACGGAACUACGUUCAAAUUUCGAUUACACAACAACCGAAUAUGGUGAUGGCGACAGGCGCCCCGAAGACCAAAUUCGCGUGCGAUUUUGCAAUUUGUAUGUUAUAUAUGCCUUCUGUCAUCAUUCCUAGAACAGAUUCUGACCAAAGAGCUUGUGAUUUUAAAUGAUAGAAACCCCCGAAUAUCUAUAUCGGACGUGUGAAAAGCAGAUGGGUUCAUACAGAUGCUCGGUUAGAUACUACCCAGAG